GCUAUGAAAAUGCUCGCUGAUGUGUCCGACUGCUCAUCCUUCUCAAAUUUCUGGUGCUCAGCCGAUAUGUCCUCAAAUUGAUCCGACAAGACCAAACAUGACGUUGAAAGAUAGUGGGAGGGCCCCAUUAAGUAGAGGCAAGUUCAUCGAUGGCUUCCCAAUGGCCAGUCCAAAAAGGAUUCAAUCUUCCAAUAAUUACUUCAUAAAUCCGCUCGUUCGUUACGGCCGGUUGCCUCAUGCAUCCAUAUUGGAGCGCAACGCGGCAUCCCCCAACCACCAGCUGAUCACAGUAGAAAUUAUCUGUCCGCGCACUAUCACCCUGUCCGCCAGCGCUGCACAGCUGAAAAUCCCAUUACUUUGCAACAAUUUUGGCGGAUCCCUUGCUUUCUUGUCUCUUCCGCUCUCUCUCUUCGGUGGUGGCGCAGGUGGGACAGACGACAAUAUCGGUAUACGAAGUUAUAGCUACUCCAUAGCAUCGACCGACGAAAUAGUUUUCUUGUCGGCUGUCGAAGGGCUGACGCGAUCUCAGACCGCAGUUCAAAAUGGGGCUUUCGAUGGCGUUGACGUAGCCGCAGCGGCUGCAUUCUUCCAGCGUCUCUGUCUGUGUGCACAUGGUGAAUUGUUUCGAGAGUUGUAUGUGUCAGGUUAUGUGUCGAUGUGUAGAUGUUUGGAAGAGGUUGGCUAAGCGAAAGGCGCAGAUCA